AUGUUUUAUAUGAGAUAUUUGCAUGACGAUAAAUAAUACCGCGUAUUUGAAGUGUGAUGGAGUGCGUAUCUCGAUCGAGUGAAAAAUUCAUUGGCUUCGCAACCUCCUGCGAUGAAAAUCAUUCUCCAGAGAGUGUACUUGAAAGAACAAAAGGUUCUUUCUGGAUAACAACAGGAAUUUAUCCACAAAUGUUAACUAUAUCGCUUGUGCAACCAAGUAAUAUUAAUAAAAUCAAGAUUGUUAGUAGCAAUAUCAAAACCUUUCUAAUUGAAACCAGUCCACAUACGGAACCAGAAAACUUUGAAUUGAAGUAUGAAAAAACUUUGCCUCAUUCAGGUGGACAGUUACAAGUAACAGAACUACCACUUGACGACACUUAUUUACAUCAUGUUCGGUUAAAUAUACGUUCCGGUUAUAACCAUUUUGUUGCUGUUUAUGAUGUGCUAUUCGAUGGAAAGUGAUAUGAAGAAAACACCUUACUCUCUGUAUGAUUGACACUUGUUUAUUCAAUGCUCAGUGUCAUAACUCAAGAAUAAAAACAGUGAAAUUUACACAAAAGUUUAUGUAAAUAUUUCCAGUCAACAUAGUAUGAUUCUGAAUAUCCAUAUUGAGUUUAAUAAUAAUAAUAAUCACAGAUAUCACAUGGAA